UGCAUCAAGGGAACCAUGGCUUUAGUCCGGCCCAUGCGACUGUUGUCGCUAGCGUUUCGGUUUCUUCUGGAGCCCCGACGGAACAAAGCGGUGCACAGAUCCGAUGAGCCCUUGCCAGUGGUACGCAUUCCGCGGGCUCUGCAGCGACGGAGCAGCCAACAGCGACAGAGCGAUCGUGGGGGUUUCCCACGGCCGGUGCUAGUGCGACCCGGUCCACUGCUGGUCUCGGCGCGGCGGCCAGAGUUGAACCAGCCCGCGCGCCUCACGCUGGGCCGUUGGGAGUGCGCGCCACUGGCUUCGCGUGGCUGGAAGCAUCGGCGAUCGCGUCGGGAUCAUUUUUCCAUAGAGCGAGUGCAGCAAGAGACGCCCGCGCUGACGAACCUCUCGUCCCGUGGCUUCGCGGACCUGGGUCUGGAGCCCCGAGUGCUGCUUGCGCUGCAGGAGGCUGCGCCCGAAGUCGUUCGGCCAACCUCGGUGCAGUCGAAAACCAUCCCCCCAGUGCUUCGCGGCCGCCACCUCCUUUGCGCUGCCGAAACGGUAGUGGCCAAGACCUCAGCUACCUACUGCCCCCUAUUUCAACGUCUCCUGAGAGGACCAGGCCUGGACUCCCGCAGUUCCACAGCUCCCCGAGGCCUGGUUCUGGUACCUUCCCGAGAAUUAGCCGAGCAAGUGCAGGCCGUGGCCCAGUCACUGGGUCGGUACCUGGGCCUACAGGUGAUAGAGCUUGGAGGCGGCCUCGGCAUGAGUAAGCUCAAACUGCAGCUGUGUAGACUACCGUCAGCAGAUGUGCUUGUGUCCACUCCCGGGGCUCUGUGGAAGGCCCUGAAAAGUCAACUGGUCAGCUUGCAGCAUCUUUCCUUCCUCGUCCUGGAUGAAGCCGACACAUUGCUGGAUGAAAGCUUCCUGGAACUUGUGGACUACAUCUUGGGAAAGAGCCCAAGCGAAAGUCCAGAUGAGUUAGAAGACCCCUUUAAUCCCAAAGCUCAGUUAGUGAUGGUGGGAGCCACGUUUCCAGAAGGCGUAAACGAAUGCCUGAGUAAAGUCACCAGCCCAGAUUGUCUCACCACCGUCACCAGCUCCAGGCUCCACUGCAUCAUGCCUCAUGUCAGACAGACAUUUAUGAGACUAAAGGGAGAGGAGAAGGUAACAGAACUGGUUCAGAUCCUCAGACAGCAUGACAAAGCAAAUAAGACAAAAGCCUCAGGAACUGUCCUGGUGUUCUGCAACAGCUCCAGCACUGUGAACUGGCUGGGAUAUAUUCUGGAUGACCACAAAAUCCAACAUCUGAGACUGCAAGGGCAGAUGCCAGCCUCGAUGAGGGCCGGCAUCUUCCAGAGAUUCCAAAAGGGCUCCCAAGAUGUCCUUGUCUGCACAGACAUAGCAUCGCGAGGUCUAGAUAGCAUCCAUGUGGAACUGGUUGUCAAUUAUGAUUUCCCCCCUACUCUGCAGGAUUACAUCCACAGAGCAGGAAGGGUGGGUCGAGUGGGCAGUGAAGUACCAGGGACCGUCAUCAGUUUUGUGACCCAUCCCUGGGAUGUGAGCCUGGUCCAGAAAAUUGAGCUGGCAGCUCGUCGAAGAAGAAGCCUUCCAGGAUUAACCUCCUCAGUAAAGGACCUUCUGCCUCAACAAGCCUGAUUUUUGGCUGGCUCAAAUACUAGAACAGGGACCCACCUGGGGGCCCAGGAGGGGUGAAUACUUUGAUCAGUGGGUGACAUCAGAUCACCACACCACCCCUUGCCUCUCUGAAAACAUGAUGCACUGUUUGGAGAUUUGAAAAGUAAAGCUGGCCUGAACUGGAGACUAACAUAUUAAAAAUAAAUAAAUAAAAGGGAUUUUGACUUUA